AUGUUGGCUGACGUUGGUGCCGACAGGACACCUCGCAAAGUAGUUAAGGCCACUCCAGUUCGCCCCGUUUCUCCCAAAUUCGCGUUGUCCAAGAAGGAUAUCCUCAAGCCCGAGGUCGCUCGAACAAAGCCGUUGGGAUCAUUCCGAUCAGCGGAAGGCUCAUCCACCACGGAAACCGCGAACCGCGCGUCGUUCACCAGGCCAUCGUUGGCAGCUGCAUCCGAGUUGGAGAAAGACACUUCAUCCUCAGAACAACGCGAGUAUGAAGCCGCGCCGUCACAGUCUCCCGUCAAGGCCAGUCACGACGAUAUCAUCGACCUCACGUUGAGCUCGUCGGAAUCGGGCGACAGCGACUCGGAGGCUGACAAGCGGGAAGUCACCUCUCUCAUUUACAGCUCUCCGCCACUUAGUAAGCUGUCCAAUGGAGUAGCGCUACCGAGCCUCGAUAGACUAUCGCUCAAAGGCGAGUCCACCCCGCGAAAACCCGUCAGCCGGCGAGUGUUCGACUCUGAGGGCAAAUUGAAUGUUGGUCCGGCGCUGAGACCUGCGCCCGAAGCUUCCCGGCGACGAUGGAUGGAAAGGUCACCCGAAUCCGAGGACGAUGCACCACAGACUGCGGCUCCCAUCUUUCAGCCUCGUUCCUUGCAGACGCUCCCUCUGAGAAGAACGCCCAGCCCUCAAUUAUCUCCCCCGACGAGUCCCGCAAAGAAGGGUAAAGCCUCGCGAGUAACGAAGAAAGCGCAGCGCGAGGCAGAGCGCACACGGCGUGAAGCAUACGCGGAGGAGCUCUUCAAGGAGCUGAAUGCAUCGGUGUUCAAUGGCGGCCUGCCGGAGACGACGGCUCUGACAUGGAGUGUCCGGCUGUUGACGACGGCUGGAAGGGCGAAGUGGCGCAGGUCGAGAGACGGGACACAGACGACGGAAAUCGAGCUUGCAACCAAGAUUUUGGAUAGCGAUGACAGGAUACGUAACACGCUAUCGCAUGAAAUGUGCCACUUAGCAUGCUGGAUCAUUGACGGUGAUCCUAAGGAAGGGCAUGGUAGGGCGUUCAAGGCCUGGGCCGCAAGAGUCACUCGGAAACGACCUGACAUCACAGUCAGCACAACACACAGCUAUAAAAUUGACUAUCCAUAUGAAUGGGAAUGCGAUUACUGUUCCAAAGUUUAUGGUCGCCACAGCAAAUCCAUCAAGAUCGAAGAGCUGCGGGACAUGCAAAACGGGCAAGCUUGUCCCCCUGUUUACGACCCGGGCCCCUAAGACGCCGAAAUCAACAGGCCCUGCUACCAGACCAUGUGCGUACCGCUGCCUAGUAUUGC